AUGUCUUCAACGUCUUCGAAACAUUCUGCUUUUGGUGCUAAUUCUCAAAAAUCGCAAGACCCAAAAUCUUUAUAUUGUUAUGGAUGUGAGCGGGAGAAGCCUAUUCACUCCUUUUCGAAAACACAAGUAACGAAAGCGGUCUCCAACCUUCAUAAUCCUUACGCGCCUGGUGGGAAAACUCGCAAAAAGCAUCAUACAAUGUGCAAAUCGUGCACUCCACAACAGAACAAUACGCUAACCUGCAUGCUAUGCACCAAAACCAUGCCUUUGGAUGAUUUCGCUAAGGCGCAACGCAGGAACGCCGAAAAAGCUCGCUGUCUUAAAUGCAUGGCAAAACGUAAAAAGUCCGACGAGGACGAGGAUGAUAGUGCUCCUGACACUGAAGAUGACGACGAGGAUGUCAAUUACAAUGAAACAUGGGAUGAUAUCUUGUAA